AACUCUUGGCUAAAAUUAAUCCCCUCAUCCACGGCUUAUACUCAUCCACGUGUACAAUCACUCCCACGUCAGCAUCCUACGUGGCCCUCCCUAUUCUCUAGAAAAUGAUACGGUACGAAAUUCUGCAAAGAAAAAUAAAAGUUACAGUCUUCUGACUUUCUUGGGGCGUGUUUGGAUCGAAAGAAAAUGAAUGGAGAGGGAAAAGAAAUGAGUAAAAUGGAGGAAAAGUUGGUAUAUAUGUGGGGGUAUUUGCCCGGAGCUUUGCCUCAAAGGUCGCCGAUUUUGUCGCCGGUAAAUGUGACGGCUAAUGAAGGGUAUUCUUGGGAAGAUGUUUGUGGUGGAGGGUGUGGAUUUGCUAUGGCUAUCUCUGAGUCUGGAAAGCUUAUUACUUGGGGUUCAACAGACGAUCUAGGUCAAAGCUAUGUCACCUCCGGGAAACAUGGGGAAAUUCCCGAGGCUUUCCCUCUUCCAAAUGAAGCUUCCAUCAUUAAAGCUGCAGCUGGUUGGGCUCAUUGUGUAGCAGCUACAGUUACUGGAGAAGUUUAUACUUGGGGUUGGAAAGAGUGUGUCCCCUCUGGGAAGGUCUUUGGAGAUCCAUCGGUAGGAGGGGGCAUGGAAAAGGAUGUAAGCGACAAACAGAGUCCAAUUUUAUCAGAGCAAGUGAGCCCUCGCUUGCAGGGUUCAAGAUCGAGCGGUGGAAGUGAUGCAAGAGGAAGUGGAGAUGAAGGUACAAAACGCAGGAGAGUAUCGUCGGCAAAACAAAUAGCUGAAAGCUCAUCUUCUGGUGAUGAGACGCUUUCAGCAUUCCCGUGUCUAGUAAUGCUGAAUCCCGGAGUGAGGAUUGCUAAUGUUGCUGCUGGUGGUCGCCAUACAUUAGCAUUAUCAGUUUCAGAUAUCGGACAGGUUUGGGGUUGGGGCUAUGGAGGUGAAGGGCAACUUGGUUUGGGCUCCCGUGUACGCAUGGUAUCCUCUCCUCAUCCUGUACCUUGCAUCGACUCUUCUUAUGGGAAAGAUAGACCUGGAGUGUUUUCUCAAGGAGGCAUGGCUUCAGAAGGACAUGGUUUUAGAGUUCCUGGAAGUUAUGUGAAGGCGAUCGCCUGUGGAGGGAGACACAGUGCUGUUAUCACAGAUGCUGGAGCACUCCUCACUUUUGGGUGGGGACUCUACGGACAGUGUGGACAAGGGAGCACAGAUGAUGAGCUGCGGCCGAUUUGUGUAUCGUCACUGCUGGGCAUAAGGAUAACAGGUGUUGCUGCAGGAUUGUGGCACACAAUUUGCAUUUCUGCCGAUGGUGAUGUAUAUGCAUUUGGAGGGAAUCAGUUUGGACAAUUGGGAACUGGUGGUGAUCAAGCAGAGACUACCCCCAGACUCUUGGAUGCUCCAAUCUUGGAGGAUAAACACGCAAAAGUCAUCUCAUGUGGAGCUCGCCACAGUGCUAUAGUCACAGACGAAGGAAACGUGUAUUGCUGGGGUUGGAACAAGUAUGGCCAGCUUGGACUCGGGGACGUAAUUGACCGCAACAUUCCUUCUCCGGUUACUACAGAGGGUUGCAUCCCGAAAAAUGUAGCAUGUGGGUGGUGGCAUACCCUACUUUUGGCUGAAUCACCUCCAUGAGCAGCCGAUUCGUACAAGCUCUUGUGCAGUUUUGUUAGGUUAGAAGCUCUUUUCAAAUGCUAUAUCAUUAUAUGCAUAUGUAAAUACAAUAGUAGCUUGAAUUCAUAUACAUGUGCUUGUUUCCAUUCUUCUAUGGUUUAGGUUAUUUCAUCUUUAGUGGUAUUCCGAAAGCCAUUACUUUCGAGUGUUAGAACAUAAUGUAGGUUCAUUGUGUAUAUUAUUAUUCUAACAGAAUUUGAAUAUUAAUGUAGUCAGAUGUUAUGAUAAACUAAUUUAAGUUAUUCUUGCUUA